AUGUCAUUCCUUUAUAAUACUAAUCAUAAUUCCAAAACGAAUUUUGAUUGUUUUUAUGCUUAUAUCAUUGAUGAUCUUAAUCAAACAGAUCGAACUUUUCUUCGCACAAAUUAUUUAACUCCAUUUUGUCUACGUCCAUUAUCAAACGAUUCUAUCGGUGAAAAUUUAACACUGAUACAAGGAUAUGUAGAAAAUGUAGUCAUGUUUAAAACUUUACGUUCUCAAGGAAUUAAUAGUGACCAUCUACUUCAAUGGUCAAUAUCAAUUGAUAUUAUUGAAGAAUAUGCGAUAUAUUUGAUUACAAAUGAUACAAAAUUUGAUGACAUUAGUUUUUACAAUUGUUCAACAUCAUGGUUUGGUUCUCAUUGUCAAUAUACAUUUGGUUCGAAUAUUUUAAUUGAAUCAUUUGGUGAUUUUAUAGUUUCUUCAUUUAAUAAUCGAAAACAAUAUCAUAAAAAACUCAUAAUAAAUACUUGUUAUCCACAUUUAUCUGGAUGUUAUCGGGGUCCUGAACCAAUGUGUUUAGAUUGGCGUGAAAUAUGUAAUGGAAUAAUUGAUUGUAUUGGAGAUAGUUUUGGUAUGGAUGAGCAGUAUUGUGAUGAAAUUGAAAUAAAUGAAUGUAAAGAAGAUGAAUAUCGAUGUCAUAAUGGAGCUCAAUGUAUACCAUUAGUAUUUUUUCAAGAUGGCUGGACAAGUAAAGAUUGUUUAGAUGGAACUGAUGAAGAUGAAAUUAGCAUCAAUAGUCAACUGAUCGAUGAUGUGAGUAAAUUAGAUUGCAUAGGAAUACUAACGUUUCCUUGUGAAGAACGUAGCUGUCCUAUUACACGAUCAUUUCCAUGUGGUGAUGGAGAAUGUCGUAGAUCUGGAUACAUUCACAAUUAUAUUUACCCAUACGAACAUUUGUGUACAGGUACAAAUCGUGAUUUCUAUUAUGCUCAAGCUAUUUAUAAGACUAACAAUCAUCUUUCAAGCGAUUGCCGGAAAUUACUGUUUUGCACACUUAGAUUUCAUAUUUCUGUCAUGAACAACAAAUAUGACGUAGAAUACUGUUCAUCUGAGAAUUGGUUGUCAUCAAAUAAUUGUUCAAUGGACCAUGUAUCGUUUCCUACCGAUCCAAUGCUCAACAAUUAUUUUCAGGUUAUCUAUUCAUCUGAAAGUUUGGUCAAUAGUUCCUUUGAUGCUGCGUUACCUAAUUAUAUCUGCAAUGAUCCCCGACAAUGUCUACAUCUACCAAAAACAACACUUCAAAUAGGACGUUUAGAUUGUCGCCCGUUUGAACCAGUCGUUCAAGAAUUUCGCAUGCCAAAUUUGUUCUAUUUACACUCUGCACUUAAUUCACUCGACAGUAUGUGUGCGUUGAUGGGAAAUAUUAAUGAAUAUACAUCAAAUUCAUCUUUAUUUUACUGUGAAUUAUCUCAUAGGUAUGUUUCUAAACAUCGUCUUUCUGAUGAUAUCACUGAUUGUUAUCAUAGCGAAGAUGAAACAUAUCCAGAUAAUUGCUUAUUAAAUAAUUCUCAACGUUUUCCAUGUGAAUCAAAAACAAAAUGUUUAUCAUCUGAUUGCAUAAGUAAUCAAGAUUCACUUGUCAAUGAAUUUCUACCGUCUACAUUUGCACUUUUAUGUGAUGAUAUUUUUGAUGGUAUCUAUGACGACGAUGAAAACGACGAAUCGAAUUGUGAAUGGUGGCCAUGUUAUAAUCCAUAUACUCGAUGUGAUACUAUUUUUCAAUGUGCCAAUGGUAUUGAUGAAAUGGGCUGCCCUAAUACUAAUUGUAGUGUUAAUGAAUUAAAAUGUGAUGUUAACGAUCCUGUCAAUUUUCGAUGUAUUCAUCAAGUUUAUAUUUACGAAAAACCGAUCAAUUGUAGCAGGGAUAAUACUGAUGAAAUCAUUUGUCGAAACUUAUUUUAUUCUACUAAUUUAAUUAAUGAAGAGAAUGAAUAUUUGUCAUGGAAAGAAAAUACUUGUUUAAGAGAUAACGAUAUUUGUGGUCAACAAUCAAUUAAUACUCAACAUUCAGUAUGCAAUUUAGUCAAGAUACCAGGGCGUUUUACCUGUGACAAAUUAAUAUUGAAUAUACAUAAUAAUGAACUAUUGUGUGUAUUAAAAAAUCGUCUUAUUCUCCCUCGACUUAUUCGUUUUCUUUCUAUAUUCAAUAUUGGAUAUUUACCACCAACAAUCAAUAUAACAUUAGCACCAUCUCCUCGUCAACAUAUUCAUGUUAAAAAAAAUAAAAUCUUAGCAUUGAAUACUAGUAUUGAUUUAAUCGAAUAUUGUAAUCGUGGUAUUGUUAUAUUUGAAGGUAAAUCAUAUAAAAAGAAAUGUUUAUGUUCACCAAGUUAUUUUGGUGAUCAAUGUCAAUGGCAAAGUCAACGUGUUAGUUUAACACUUCGAAUACGUUAUAUGGGUUCAGUCGAGAAAAAAAAUUUUUUUUAUGAUAUAUUUAUUUAUCUUAUUGAUGAUGAAUAUCAAAUAAUUCAUUAUUAUGAAGAAAUUAAUUAUAAUCCAUCAAUAGAUUGUGAAACCAAAUUUAAUCGUUAUUUACUUUAUCCAACAAGACCAAAAAAUUUGAAUCAUACUUAUUCAAUACGUAUUGAUAUAUAUGAUAAAAUAACAUUAAAUUAUUAUGGCAGUUGGCAUUUAUUUAUUCCAUUUCCAUUUUUACCAGUUAAUCGUUUAUCUACACAAUUAAAUAUUCCAUUUGAAAAAUCUGAAUCGUCAAAAAAUUGUUUAUCAAAAUGUGGAAUUCAUGGAAAAUGUUUCAAUUAUAUAAAUUCAUCGAAAUCAUUUUGUAAAUGUGAUGAAAGAUAUUAUGGUCGUUUUUGUAAUUUAACAUAUCAAUGUUUAUGUUCAUCUGAUUCAAUUUGUUUAAAUUCAUCGAUUUGUUUAUGUCCAUUAAAUAAAUUUGGUUCAAAAUGUUAUUUACAACAUACAUCUUGUCAAUCUCAUAAUAAUUUAUGUCAAAACGAUGGUAAAUGUGUACCUAUUAAUGAUCGUAUUAGUAAUAAAGAUUUUACAUGUUUAUGUACUGAAGAUUAUAUGGGAUCAUAUUGUGAAUAUAAAUCAUAUAGAAUUGAUAUUCAUUUCAAAACAGAUAUUAUUCCAUCAAUCAUUUUUGCACAUUUUAUAACAGCAUUUGAUGAUAAGAAACAUGAACGAAUAACAAAAUUUAAAAAAGUUCCAUUCGAUCAAUAUUCAGUUACAUUGUUUACUAGACAUUCAUUUCAUAUUCUAUUUAUUGAAUUUCUACAUAAUUCUUAUUUAGUUGUUUUAAGAGAAAAAUUUAUUCCAUCAGAAUAUAUUUCUAUUGAUAUUAAAUUAGAUAAUAUGUGUGUAAAUAUUACUAAACUUUUAAAUUCAACAAUAUUUAAUUAUAAUUAUCUUCAUCAAUUGAAAUAUUAUCAAUUACCAUGUCUUCAAAAUAAUAAAUUAAAAUGUUUUUAUGAUGAAAAACACAUGUGUAUUUGUGAUAAAAAUCGAUUUUCGAAUUGUUUUCAAUUUAAUCAUAAUAUGUCAUAUGAUUGUCAAGGAUAUAAUUAUUGUCAAAAUAAUGGAAAAUGUUUUCAAGAUAAUGUUACUUGUCCAGCAACAACAAUAUGUAUGUGUGAAAAAUGUUAUUAUGGAAAUAAAUGUCAAUUUAGUACAAAAGGUUUUAGUUUAUCACUUGAUGUAAUAUUUGGUUAUCAUAUAAAACCAUUUAUUUCUUUUUUUAAACAAUCAAAAGUAGUAAAAAUAAAUGCAGUAUUAACAAUUGUAAUGUUUAUAUUUGGUUUUAUUAAUGGAUUAUUAUCAAUAUUAAUUUUUCAAACAAAAUCUUCAGUUGUAGUUGGUUGUGGAAUUUAUCUUUUAACAACAUCAAUUAUUUCAUUAUUAACAAUAAAUAUUUUUACAAUUAAAUAUUGGCAACUUAUUUUUUUUCAAAUGAAUAUUAUAACAAAUCGUUUAUUUCUUUAUGUUAAUUGUUUAUUCACUGAUGUAUUAUUAAAAAUUCUUCUUAGUUCAGGUGAUUGGUUAAAUGCAUGUGUUGCUAUUGAAAGA